AGUCGAUUUUUACCGAACAAUUUUCACAUUCAUUGGUGACGUCAACCACAGGGGCACCGUGUCUUUAAUCAAGUGAUAAAUGAUGAUUGCAACAGAUCGGUAGGGGAUCGGAGACGGAUUCAGAAACUAAAGAGUAAGAAUACCCCAAACACCAAGGUAUAGGUAAUUGACUAUCCUGGCUGCAGUUGAAUAACUGACCACUGAGGACACCAUACACCUGAGUCAUGAGUUCUGACAAUCCAGCCUCGGAGGUACCUGUGGAGGAGGAAGGUCUCUUCUCCGCCCUUGACUUCUUCAUUCUGUCUAUCCUGGCAGGCAUGGCUGUCUACUGGUACUUUUUCAAGAACAAGAAGCAAGAACAGCCCACCUUUAAGAAGCUCACAGUUCAACCUGUUCAAGGGCGAAUGAGUGAUCCCAGUUUCAUCAACAAAAUGAAAUCCUCUGGGAGAAAUGUUAUUGUUUUUUACGGAUCACAAACUGGAACAGCAGAAGAGUUUGCUGGUCGCUUAGCAAAAGAUGCUCAGGGGUACGGAAUGAAAGGCAUGGUAGCCGACCCAGAGGAGUGUGAAAUGGAUAAUCUGAGUAAUUUGCCAGAGAUAGAGAAUUCCCUGGCUAUAUUUUGUAUGGCUACAUAUGGAGAGGGUGAUCCCACUGACAAUGCCCAGGAGUUUUAUAACUGGCUGCAGAAUGGAGAAUCGGAUCUAACAGGGGUUAAAUUUGCUGUGUUCGGUUUAGGAAACAAGACUUAUGAACAUUACAAUGCUAUGGGUAUCUAUGUAGACAAAAGACUAGAGGAACUGGGAGGAGAAAGGAUCUUUGAGUUAGGACUAGGCGAUGAUGAUGCAAACAUAGAGGAAGACUUUAUAACUUGGAGAGAAAAGUUCUGGCCAACUAUUUGCGAGCACUUUGGAGUGAAAGCGACUGGAGACCAAGUCAGCAUUCGCCAGUAUAGCCUCACAGUACACGAUGACCUGUUAGCAGAGAAAUGCUACAAGGGAGAAAUAGCCAGACUAGGAUCAUUUGGAAACCAGAAACCACCCUUUGAUGCUAAAAAUCCUUUCUUGGCUCCUGUGAAUGUAAACAGAGAACUACACAAGGGUGGAGACAGAUCAUGUAUGCAUAUUGAGUUUGACAUCACUGGAUCAAAGAUCAGGUAUGAGGCAGGGGACCAUGUGGCUGUGUACCCAGUCAAUGACUCGGAACUGGUGGACCUGAUCGGAAAGAGACUGGAAGUGGACCUGGAUCAAAUGUUUACCCUCACUAAUCUGGAUGAGGAGGCCAGUAAGAAGCACCCCUUCCCAUGCCCCACCACCUACCGCACUGCCUUCUCCCACUACCUCGAUAUCACAAGCACACCCAGGACCCACAUUCUGAGGGAGCUUGCGGAGUACGCCCAGGACCAAAAAGAUAAAGAUUUCCUCCUCAAGCUGACCUCUUCAACUCCAGAGGGCAAGACUCUGUAUAGUGAUUGGGUGGUUAAAGACAGAAGAAACAUCACUGCUAUCCUUGAGGAUCUACCGUCAGUGAAACCGCCCAUAGAUCAUUUGUGUGAACUGUUACCAAGGUUACAGGCUAGAUACUAUUCCAUUUCUUCAUCUCCAAAGGUCAAUCCUACGAGUAUUCACAUAACAGCUGUUGUUGUCAAUUACAAAACAAAGACAAACCGUACCAUGAAAGGUGUGGCCACCAAUUGGUUAGCAUUCAAAAGACCAACAAACGGACUGAAGCCAAAGGUGCCCAUCUACGUUAGGAAAUCUCAGUUCCGUCUUCCAUUCAAAGCCAACACACCAGUCAUAAUGAUCGGUCCAGGAACAGGGUUAGCUCCCUUCAGAGGAUUUAUACAAGAAAGGAACUUCUUGAAGAAAGAAGGCAAGCCAGUUGGAGACACAGUGCUGUACUUUGGAUGUAGACACAAGAACCAAGACUACCUCUAUGAGGAUGAAAUUGAGGAGUAUGUCAAGGAUGGCACCCUCACCCACCUCCACUUAGCCUUCUCCAGGGAUGGACCAGAAAAGUUGUAUGUGCAACAUCUCCUCAGGCAGAAUAUGGAGGAGACGUGGAAAAUGUUAGAAAAGGGUGGCCAUAUAUACGUGUGUGGGGAUGCUCGCAAUAUGGCAAGAGAUGUUCAUGAGACAUUAGAGAAAAUUAUCACCGAAUGUGGGAAUAUGGACAAAGAGAAAGCAACUAAUUAUGUGAAACAGAUGCAGAACAAGGGACGCUACUCUUGCGAUGUGUGGAGCUGAAGAAGGUCUUUUUAUGUAUAUCAAAAGAUUUGGGCUAUCAUAAUAAUAUAUUUGUAUUGGCUGUGUUCCCUUACUGAAAAAUAGAUUGUUAUAAUUCAUGUUUGAGAGACAAUAGUAAAAAUUGGAGAGAUUUUUUUCAAACAAUCUGAUUGGGGGGAGGGGGGGGGUGUUAAAAGUGAAAAUAACUACCAAAUCAAGGUUUGAUUUUAAAAGGAGGGUGAAGACCUAUUUAAAAAAAUUGUGUGUUUAGGGUAACACUGAUGAAAAAAAUAGGUUAGGUAGGUAAGGAUUUUUUUUUAUUUUAUCAUAUUUUUUUCUGCAUGAAUCCUAAGAAUGUUUGUUUGUGUCAUAUUUAAUAAUGGGUUUUUAAUAGAAAUAAUAUAAAAAUCACAAUUGGAUAAAAAAGACAUCAAAAAAUUGUAGGAUUGGGGCAUUUUUUAGGUUAGGUCGGGUUACCCUAAACACACAACUUUUUUUUUUAGGCCUGAGUGAUACAAUUAAUAUUCAUGUGAAUCGGUCAUUAAAUUUAUCAAUAUGUCAAUAAUUGUAUCAACAGUAUUUUUCAUAUACAUAAAAUAUAUUGGAGCCUGUGUUUUGAUGAUGUUUAUUAGAAUUACAUGAGCAUGUGUUUUACCUGCCAGUCUAAAGGGCUUUCAUCUUAAUUAGUUUUCUUUAAAAAAGCAAUUAUCAUACUCUUUAGAUUGCAUUUGUAUACAUGUAUUAACUUUUGAAGAAAAACUUUUCUUUUUUCUUCCCCUUGUGAUUUUUAAGGUCUUCAUUAAGAUCUUUACAGUCAAUAUCCAGCCAUUCAAUGAAAUAAUUGAUUUGAAUUUUUUUUUGAGAUGAAGCAAUUUAUAUCAAGACUUUAUUUGUACCAUCUACCAGAAUUAACUGUUGUACCAUCUACCAGAAUUAACUUAGCGGUUGUGACAUAGAAGAUUUUCACCUGAUUCACUAUUGGCUGUACAAGUAUUUUUUUUUUAAAAAAAGAUGAAUAAAUAUUCAUGGCUUUUACAUGCAUUUGAUUAUGAUGUUAAGUAACAAGUUUGUUUAAUGUGCAAAGGUAAUAAUAAAAUGAUAAAAAUUGAUUGCUUCAGCUAAGUUCAUUCUAUGAUAUGUCCUCAAUUAAUUUGUACAUAUUUUGUACUUAAGAAUGCAUGAAAGAUGAAUGUAAAUGGUAUAUAUGAACAUUAAUAAGACAUUUUUAUACAAAUCUAUUGAUUUUUAUAAAUACAUCUUUUGCACUCUUGUUGCAUACAUGUAUGUGUGUAUUCUUAAGAAAAACUCUUGUAGAUAUAGAUAUAGAAUUGCAAUUAAUGUUGUUUAUUGAUAGAAUCUUGCAUAGCUUUAUUUACAUAUACAGCAUGUUUUUUUUAUAGGGAGAGCACCUAUCAUUAAUCAAGAUGUGAUUUUUUUAAUUGUUUACAUUUCAUUUGUCUGAUGUUCGAUUGUUAUUUUAUCUCUCUUUAGAGGUUUAUCUAUAGGGCACCAGCAAUCUAUAUAAGUUUCACAUAUGGAGUUUGCUAAUUCAAACAUUGGUUUAAUGAGGCAAUUAAUGGUGUCUACACAUGUACAGUGUUCUGCCUUGGUACUAUAUGAUCUUUUAAUAUAGACGUUGAUGACAAUGAAAUACAUGUAUUUUGCUGGGUUAAAGAUAGGCCAUGUGAGUAUUGCAUCUGUACAAGUACACGUACUUGUAAACCAAAGUUAUGAAAUUGAAUUAGAAUUAGUAUCAAUAUUUGUAGAACUUGUAUUUAUCUACUGGUAGUUAUUUUCUAUAAUUGUCCAACUACAAUGUAAGUUUAAUGAAAACUGAAAAAAUUUUAUCAUAUGAAAACAAAUUUUAACUUUUUAUGAAUAUUCCUGUUAUUUAAGUUUUUAAUUCAGCUAUAUUGUAUUUAAACUGAUAUGCUUUGAAUUACAUGUAUAAAUUGUC